CCAGCUGGAUGGCGGCAGUGACAUGAACGGGGAGGGAGACGCUGCUGCCUCCACCCCAGCCACCACCUUACUCAUCCAGGAGGCUCUGCUCUCCAGCGGCCUGGGCGCUCUGGCCCGCGACCCAUCCUUUGUGACGGCCAUGAGAGCCGAGGUGGCUGCCACCUGCCAGCUGGAGAUGGUGCUGAUGGAAGAGGCCAUGGCCGAGCUGCUGAGGGGAAGGGAAAGCCCGGAGGGAGCAGAGGCCGGUUCCACCCACUGACACGCCUUGGCCACGUCCCUGCAUAGUUCCCCUGGGCCCGGCACGCCUGGCUCCCAGAGGCCAUCUCCAGCCCCUGCCUGUGAGACGCUGCCGAGGAUCCCCCUUGCCAACGGUGCCAGCCGGGAGGUGCUGCCCGUUUGUGGGCUUUGAGAGGGUUACCAUGGAAACACAGCGCCAUCUCCUCCCACGCACAGCCUUGACUGGUUGCUCUCUACCCCGGGCCAGGCAGAUGGGAGCCAGAGAAGGACUCGCCGGGCCGUUUGGGGAGGAGCGGUGAGGGCCUGAACUCCGGAGGCAUUUCCUACAGGGG